AUGCAUAGAGCGACUUGCCAUGCCAUUUGCAGACCCAAUGCAUUCUUCGAGCUGCUGUUGGCAUCCAUUCAGGCAUUCCUUCAUGUGUCCACAAUAUCGGUGGAUUGCUAUUGCCACUUGAAACUUUUGACGUCUAGUUUCCACCAGAAACAGGAAUUGUCUCAAGAGGAAGUUAAUAUUGGUAAGGCAUUGCGUAGUUUUGAAGGAAAUGAAGCUCAAGUAUGUUUCUUUAUAAUUCAUAUGCUGCUUAUUAGGCCAAAUGACUUCAAAAACAGAGUUUAUGAUUUUGUAAAAGAUAACUCCCCGGAACAUUGGAAGCAAUCAGAUUGGCAUGAAAAGCAUUUGAUGUUUCAUAGGAUGUAUCAAGAAAAAUUCUACUUUGAAGGUCUGCAUGAUUUAAACACGCAAAGCACUCAACAUACAUAUUUACCUGUGUAUUUUGGGAAUGUGUGCCUUAGAUUUUUGCCUGUUAUGGAUAUAGUCAUCCAUAGAUCUCUUGAACUUCCCACUCUGCCCAUGUCUAUUGAAAGUCUUCUAGAAAAACUGGGAUGUUUAUACAAGUUCCAUGAUCACCCUGUGACUUAUCUCUAUAACACUCUGCAUUAUUAUGAAAAAAGACUAAAAGAGCGCCCAGCUCUUAAGAAGCAAUUAGUAUCAGCCAUUAUCGGUUCUCUAAAAGACAUCCGUCCUAAAGGCUGGGCUUUAAGUGAAGGUUAUCUUACCUUUCUUCAAAAGCCUGCUGAUGACUUGGAUUGGAUUCCAGAUUUUGAUUACUACGUAAAAUUAAUUGGGCGUUUAGUAGAUACUGUUGCUGGUAAGCCUGCUUUUCCCCAUACUGAUUGGCGGUUUAAUGAAUUUUCAAAUCCAGCUGCUCAUGCAUUGCAUGUGACCUGCAUUGAGUUGAUGGCUCUUCCUACUUCAACCAGCAUUGUCGGAAAUGCUCUCAUAGACAUAGUUCUACGGGGACGUGCUGUGACUUCACAAACCAACAUUUUGACUUGGAUGAAUGCUGUCGGUUUAGUGCUUACUGCAUUACCAGAAGCAUAUUGGACUGUUCUCAAUGAUCGCAUUUUGGAAAUGAUGCAAUCUCCUUUAUUGGCCAACCCCUCCCCAGACAUUGAUCCAUUUCUUCUGUUUGAUUUUGCUGGCAGUUAUAAAAGCAUGACAGACUUGCCAUGUUGUUAUUUAGUUGCAUUGACCCAUUCUGUGUGGUACCAUGCAAGCAUAGGUCAGAUUUGCACUUUAACUGAAUUAUUUAAAAGAAAAUUUAAACCAGCUGUAAAGACUGAAGAGCAAUUUUUAUUCCUUUGCCAUUUGGUUGCACCAUUUUUGCAAAGAUUUCAUAUUGAAAGAACAAAAUAUGCAGCCGAAAUAACAGUGGAGCUCUAUGAGAUGCUUGAAGCAGUGGAUAAGAACUGUGAGCAAAUGAGAUUCAUCGAUUCUGUGUGUGACUUACUCUAUCAUAUCAAAUACAUGUUUAUUGGCGAUUCCAUCAAGAAUGAAGUUGAAAGGAUCAUCCGAAAUUUGAGACCAGCUAUUCAAAGGAAAUUACGGUUCAUUACUCAUUUGAAUAUAGAUGAGAUAUCAAUGACAUAAUCAUACUGCAAUGUACAUUUGUAAGCUAUAAAACUAUGAAAAUAUUAACUGCUAAAUAGCAUUUAUCUGGUAAAAUGUUAUGGAACAUAUGCUGCAUCAUUGAAAGAUUUUUGUGACUACAAUACAUGUUACAAUUUUCACUGUGUAUAUACUCAUUUUUUAAAUCAUUCAAAAUAGCAUCUAAUUUAAAAUAAUUUUUCUUUUAAUUGCAGUUUUUUUUAAAGUUUAUUUUAUUAAUACAUUUAAUUUAAACUUAUUUUAAAAUACUGUAUUUUCCCCCACUUUUGUUUAACUGUAUAAAUAUGACCACAGCUAUAAGGCAUUUUAAUAUACAAAUGAGCUAUAGUGAUAUUUUUUGAGCAUAAUUCUACUCUGUACAGUUUGUUACUUUUAAUAAAAGUUUC